AUGCCGAAACAUUUAAAAAAAGAUCGCCCUCGUAAUGCACCGAAUAAACCGGGUAGAGUAGAUGUUGCUGAAGAAUUAGCAGAGGAAGAUGAUGCAAGUGUUUGUUCAAAUAUUUCUGAUGCAACAAGUAUUUAUGAUGAAGUUGAAGCCGGUCUUCAAACUGGAAGUAGUGUGAUUCUAUCGUCGGAAAAUCUUGACGAGAAACUUGAUUCUGCAAUUGAAGGACUUCGAAAUAAAGAUUUAAAAACCCGUGAAAGUGCAUUACGUACAAUACAAGUUUUAUUCUGCCAGAAAUAUCUUCCAGAAGCAGUAGCGAAUCGAAGUGAAAAUUUAAUUGAACAGUUAGUAGCAUGUUUAAAGAAAGGCAGCGAAUCUGAAGGGAAAUUAGCAGCUAUUGUUGCUUCAUUAUUUUGUGUUCAACUUGGUGAAUCGAAUGAUGAACUAUUUAUAAAAUUUCGUGAAGCUAUUAUGCCAAUACUAAGAGAUGAAACAAAAUCACCAUCCUUAAGGACAAGUUAUGCACAAGCAAUUGGUAUAAUUUGUUUUAUUGCUUGCGAAGAAAUUUCAUCUACUUUUGACCUGAUGAAAUCAUUAGAGACAAUAUUUUCAAAAUCCUAUUUACUUCAUGACAAAACUCCACCAAUAGUAACACAUGAUCUUCAAGAAUUACAUACCGCUGCACUUGCAUCUUGGCGUCUUCUUUUUACAACAAUGCCUAGCAGUCAUGCACAUGAUUUAAUACGACUUUAUGCACCGGAAAAAAUUCCAGGACUGAUUGAAUCAAGCGAUGCUGAUUUACGUAAUCAAGCUGGUGAAACAAUUGCUGUUCUGUAUGAAAUAGCACGUGAAAUAAAUAGUAUUUUUGCUGAUCCAUCUGAAUCAUUAUUGAUAACAUUAGAUAAGAAAGCCAACGAAAGUGUUAAAUAUAAAGGCAAAAAAGAGAAACGUGUACAACGUGCCACAUUCCGUGAAAUAUACAAUUCAUUUGAAGAAGGUACAAAUCCUGACAUAACGAUUAAAUUUGCUCGUGAAGUUUUGGAAAUAUCAUCAUGGACAAGUCGACUUUACUAUAAUGAUUUUAGUAAUUUAUUAGGUGCCGGUAUGAAUGUUCAUUUAAAAGAAAAUGGAUUUCUUCGUUCGGUUUUUAAUUUGGACGACGCUGCCGCUGGCGAUAAGCAACAGGCAAAAGGCAACCGUUUCGAACGCCAACUGGCAAAUAAAGCAGCAUUCAAGUUACGUACACAAGCUUUGCAGAAAACUCGUGACAAUAAAGUUACGCGUAUUCGCCAUGAAGAUUAA